GUGGAGGAGCAAAAACCAGCGUCAGUUGCAGCAGCUACAGACAAACUGACUUCCUUGACACUGACGCAGCCGACGCCGGCCGCCGCGCCCGCUCCCGCCAAGCCCAAGAAAUUGUCUAUUGGUGGCCAUGUGGGUAGUUUUAAAGAACAGUUCGAGAGACGUGCGUCGUUAACAUCGGCUCCCGAGAUAAAACGCAAUGUAUCUAAACCAGUUGUUUCUAAGAUUGCCAAAGUCAAAGCUCAAAGUGAGGACAGGGAUCUGCCGGCCAAGUCUCCGGACAAUGGCACCGUGCGGUUGCAGCAAAUCGGAAUCGAACCAUCUCAGCCUCCAGCGGAAGAGAUUCGAGAGGUGAGUCGUAGCGGUGUGAAGAAGACGGAGAGCGAGCCCAUGCACAACACCACGCAGGUCGACCCCACCGUGCUGCUGCAGGACGCCAGGAGAAGUCUUCAGAACUCGAUGGCGAAGCUUGUUGAGGAGAAAGCGGGUGAGGAAAGCCGCAGACGCGCCGCUCGCGAUAUUAUCUCAUCCGCCAUUCGCACUGGCAAGCCUCCGAUGCCGUACGGGCGCUCAUCGUCGGCCGGCGUGACGUCACUGUCCUCCCCGCCAGGCACGCCUCCCGCCGCCCCGCCCACCGCGCCCGCCGCGCCCACCGG